AUGCUCCUCAGCUCUCUCAUACUCACGCUCAUCACUCCCACUCGAGUACGCUGUAGUGGGCAUCAAGAUGUGCCGCCUGAUGCUUUUCAUGAAUCCCUCACCCUUCACCCGCUGCCCGACGGAAAGCUUUCCGUCCUAUUCGAAUUCACCACCCACUUUUCCUCCCCAUUCCUCUCUUCAGAACUGACUCGGUCACAUCAUAGCCUAACUCCUCCAUCAUUACUACUACCGCUAGGGCAGAACGACGUUGCCGAGCUCACCGUCUCGUUCACUUCCGGUCAAUGGGACAGACGUCGGUCGGGUCAGGCAGGGCCGCUGGCUUAUGACGCUGGUGGAGGCGGAGGUGAGGUCAGAGGAUGGAUCAAAGACUAUGGAAGCAUGGAAGAGUUAGCUGGGUCUGAUUCUGGGAGGCAAAAGCUGAUCAACAGGAAUGAUAGACGGAGGACAGCGAUAACUCAUGCCCUUGGAGGUCUGUUCUGUGCAGGGCUUGGGCCGAGUGAAGAGGGUGAGAUGGCAGGGACUUUCGGUGCUAUUUUCCCAUCACACAGUAAACUGAGAAACUACACUCAUUUCUUCCUCCCCCGACCCACCGAGACACUUUGCACUGAGAAUCUCACCCCCUUUCUCUCUCUCCUUCCUUCAAAAGGUCUAUCAGGACUUUCUUCUUUACUCGCCCAACCCGGUAUCAUAUUCUCUUGGGGAUUCAAGACAGAAGGAAUAGAAGUCAUCAUGCCGAUGGAUGGUCAGCAGGGCCAGUGGAGAGGAUGGUGGGAAGGAGUGGUUGAUCUCAUUUCUGUCAAAGGCAGACGAGAUCGUGCUUUUUCCAUCUCUCGUCUGUUUCACAAAACUCUACCGAGACCCUUUGUCGAAGCGGACAGUUCGAUCAUGCGGUUGAUCCUACCACCAGAGAAAAUGUCAGUCAAGCCGAGUGGUGAAGUGCGCAGGGAAUGGGUGGACGGGCAGUUGACAGAGGUGAUGGCAUGGGACUUACUUGACCCAACUAUAACAGGAGAGGACGUCACCUUCACGUGGGAUGGUGAAGGAGAAUUCCAAUACCCGCGGACAUUCCCUAAUCCGCCGAUGAGUGUCUCAAGAACGGCCACGGAUCUCGUCGCGCAAGAUGGUACUUUUUUGAUCCGUGUUGAGAACCACGCCGAAACUGAACGUCGAACUAUCUACAGCGAACUCUGGCCCCAGUGGGUCAAGCCGUGGCUUCAUGAGAUAUCUCUAUAUGCGGAGGACGAGUCUAAGGCAAGACCGGACCUUCUGACAGAUCUCGAGUACCACCCCGCCUACCCUCCUCGAGGAUCGACUACAACUCUUCACUUUCACCUCACUGUCCCUGCUCGUUCGGUGCUCUUCCUUCGAAUACCAUUCACCAAGCUCACUCUCAAGUAUACAGAACACCGUCCUGACGCGGAAAGAGGUCGUGAGAUACCUUCUGGUAUCCUUACUCUCUUAGAUGCUGUAGGGGAGGAUGCUUCCUCUCAAACCGACACUUCAUCCAUACCUGUAGGACACGUGGACCCUCGGUGGUCUGGACGAAAGAGGAUCUAUACCUCUCGGUUAUUAUUGGACGUACCCACACCCGACUUCUCGAUGCCUUACAACGUCAUCAUUAUGUCCUGUACGGUCAUGGCGGUGUUUUUUGGUCUUAUGCAAGGGACGUUGACUCGGCGAGUGGGUUUUGUGGAGGUGCCUAUGGAGUUGGCUCCGUCGUUGGAAUUGAAAGUGGAUGAUACAUCUGUCGAGAUUGCCGUAGAAGGACUUAAGACUUGACUGAUCACUUCUGUACACCCAGGUAGACUUGAUAUAGCCAUUGUAGCUCAUAUCUGCACCAUCUACGAUGAUGCUG